ACUCUGCUUUAGUGCUUCCUUUAAGUUGGAUAGGGUAGGGGAAGCACGCCUGGCAUCUGAAAAGGAAGCUAGAUAAAGUGUUUUGGAAAGCUGCGCAUAAGUUCAGAAGGUUGGCCAAAAUUUCAUGGAACAUACUGGCCUGCACCUUUCAGACGAUACCAUUACUGGAAUGCUGAACACUGAGUCCCCUGACAUGGAGACCAAUGGGGAUGCUAUUCUUCCUGACCUUCCUGUUCUAAGCCAAGCUGCCGAGUGGUCACCGGACCAGGUUGCUCCAGAGCCAAUCACAAACAUCUUGCCUGAGGACUCAGAUGUGUCUCAGGAUGCACCAGGUCAACAGCAGCAUCCAGACCAGCAAAUGAAUUCUACAGAGCUGGGAUCUGUGGAGAAAGCUGUGGAGCAGUUUCAGCUUGCCAGUGCUCAGCUCCUCCAAGAUGAGCAGCCACCACCUCCACCACAGCCCCCAGUACAACCAUCAGAACACAGUGCAGACUCUGUGGAAUCUCCGCCUCAGAGCCAGGAAAUGAGUAUAGCACCAGGGGAUGCUGUACAGGAUGGCAGUCAAGAUGGGACUGAAGCAUCACAAGUGACAGAGGAUGGCAUGGAGCUGGAAGAACAAUCCAAAGAGACAACGCUAGAGUUAACUACCCCUGCAGAACCAGAGCUGCCCAGUGAGUUUGAAAAACUCUUUAAGGGCUGUGAGGAAAACCCAGAAGACUUCAAUGGCUGGGUCUAUCUGCUGCAGUAUGUAGAGCAAGAGAACGUCCUUGCAGCUGUGAGAAAAGCGUUUGAUUUAUUCUUUCUACAUUACCCCUACUGCUAUGGCUACUGGAAGAAGUAUGCUGAUAUAGAGAAGAAGCAUGGCAAUAUACAUAUCGCAGAAGAGGUAUACAGAAGAGGCUUGCAAGCCAUCCCUCUCAGUGUGGACCUGUGGCUGCAUUAUUUGACCUAUAUCAAAGAGAACUCAGACCUUAGUGACCCAGAGACAGAGGGGCGAAUUCGAGCUACCUAUGAACAUGCAGUGCUGGCGGCAGGCACGGACUUCCGCUCAGACCGUCUGUGGGAGUCCUUCAUCAACUGGGAGACGGAGCAGCAGAAGCUUGCUAAUGUCACCACCAUCUAUGACCGCAUCUUGGGCAUCCCAACCCAGCUAUAUUCCCAGCACUUCCAGAGGUUCAAAGAUCAUGUGCAGAACAACCACCCCAAACACUUCUUGUCAGAGGAGGAGUUUGUUCCGCUCAGGCUUGAGCUCUCUAAAGCCAGCCUAGCUGCGAUGGUCGGUGAUGAUGAGGAGACACCUGUUGCUGAGGAGGAGCUUCCACCUGGUACAGAGGAUCUUCCUGAUCCAGCUAAGAGAGUAACAGAGAUUGAGAAUAUGCGGCACAAGGUGAUCGAGGUUCGGCAAGAGAUGUUCAACCACAAUGAACAUGAAGUCAGCAAGCGCUGGGCCUUUGAGGAAGGGAUUAAGAGACCAUACUUCCACGUCAAAGCCUUGGAGAAGACCCAGCUGAACAACUGGAAGGAGUACCUGGACUUUGAGAUUGAAAAUGGGACUCCGGAGCGCGUGGUGGUUCUUUUUGAACGAUGCCUCAUCGCCUGUGCUCUCUACGAAGAGUUCUGGAUCAAGUAUGCAAAAUAUCUAGAGGGCUACAGCACUGAAGGUGUGAGACAUAUCUACAAGAAGGUGUGUACCAUCCAUCUGCCCAAGAAACCACGCAUCCACCUGCUGUGGGCAGCCUUUGAAGAACAGCAAGGCAACGUUGAGGAGGCUCGUGGCAUCCUGAAGUCCCUGGAGGCGGCAGUCCCAGGUCUAGCUAUGGUACGUCUUCGGAGGGUUAGUCUCGAGCGUCGCCAUGGUAACUUGGAGGAGGCAGAGGCGUUACUGAGGGAGGCCAUGGAGUCUGCCAAGAAUGCUACUGAGACAUCUUUCUAUGCUGUGAAGCUGGCAAGGCAGCUGGUGAAGGUGCAGAGAAGUCUGAGCAAAGCCAGGAAGGUGCUGCUGGAUGCUAUUGAAAAAGACGAGACAAGUCCAAAGCUCUAUCUGAACCUGCUUGAGCUGGAAUACAGUGGCGAUGUGACACAGAAUGAGACCGAGAUCUUGGCUUGUUUCGACCGUGCCUUGAAGAGUCCAAUGCCCCUUGAUUCCCGCCUUCUUUUCUCUCAGCGCAAGGUUGAGUUUCUUGAGGACUUUGGCAGUGACAUCAAUGUGCUUGUGGCUGCAUAUGAGGAACAUCAGAAGCUACAGAAAGAGAGCGAAACCACAAAGCGAAAAGCCGAGAACGGGUAUGAAAGCUCCCAAGAGCCUGAUUCCAAGAGACAGCGUGUUGAUGACAGUUCCUCAGCUACAGCGAACACAGCGACAGAUAUGCAGGCCAACAACUCUAUGUACAACUACAACUGGUACCAGCAACCAUACAGUGGUUGGGGACAAAACUCCUGGGGGCAGUACAAUCAGUAUGCCCAAUAUAAUCAGUACUACCCCCCUCCUCCUACAUAAUGAACAAAAGCCUGGCAUGAAGAUGGAGACUCAGAGGACCUUUGUGACCUGCCUACAUCUCUGAACAGGGCUGCAUAACAGGGUGUCAUGGAGGUUUCAAUCCAACCACAGACUUCAAAAGUUGAUUAGUUUCCUUUUCCUGGUUUAAAGUGUGGUAAUAAGUUCAAUUAGACUUUGUAGCAUUCAGUUGGAAUAUAAUACAUAGCUCUGAAUGGCUGUCAUAUUGUGUUGGGGGAGUCAAAACAAAAAACUAAUUGCUGCAUUCAUCAUUUCCAACACUGGCUAUGUUUUUGGGUUUCCUAAUGCAUGUUAUUUGUGAAGGCUGAUUUAUUUUCCCCUGUGUGAUAAAGGCAUAUACAUUUUUCAAUCGUAUUACUUGGUUAGGUCUCUUUCUUUGUUUAAACUUGUAAAGGAGUCAUUCAUUGAUGUAACGUCAUGUUUCUCCUUCCUAAAUGAGAGAUUUUUUAAUGGUUGUUUCCAUAAACAGAAAUGAAGAAUUCCUUUUUUUUUUGACUUGAUUUAA